AUGGACGGUGGACACAGCCUCAGGAUGGACGUUACUGUCCGAGAGCUCAUGGAGCUCUUUCUACAGAGCCCGUUGGUGGCGGGGGUGACCCGCCACCAGGAGAGCCUGUUGGACCUGCAGUGGUUGGAGGUCCCAGACAUGGCCCUGGAGGAGGUGGAGUACCUCUCUAGCAGCAUGACCUGUCGCCUCAGGAGGGUCUUAAUAGAGCAAGACCAUUGCAGGAAGCUGUUCGUGACCAUGACCCAGGAGUGGAACACCAGCAGCCGCCCCAGCGAGGACACGCAGCACCUGGCCAUGGAGCUGGCGGACACCAAGGCCACCCUGCGUGGCGUCAGGCAGGAGCUGGAGGAGAAGACAAAGCAACUGGCAGACACCAGGAAUCAGUUGUACCAACUGGUGCUGGAGCUGCAGGCGGCCCGGCACAAUAAUAUGGAGCUGGCAGCCAGAGCCCAGGCUUCCUGUGCCCCGGUCCCUGAGCUGGACUCCCUGAGGGAGAAGGCGAGCCGCGUGGAGAGGCUGGAGAUGGAGGCUAUGGGCCUCAGGCAGAAGCAGAAGGACAUAGUAGAGUUCUAUGCAUCCCGCAUGAAGGAGCUGAUUGAAGAUAAUUUUACCCUAAUGGACACGAAGGGCCUUCUCCAGGAGCAGCUGACUGUCGCUUGGUCCCGGGUCGAUAAGCUAUACGAGCUUGAGGAGGAGAACGCGCAGCUGAAAUCAAAGCUGCGCCGCCUACAUUUGGCCCAGGACACAGACCAGAAACACCUUGAGGAGCUGCAGGAAGAGAACUUGGCCCUCAAGGCUGCACAGGAGCAGAGUGUGGAGGAGUCCGCCCAACUGCGCUGGGAGCUGGACCAGCUGUCAGAGGAUUCUGAUUUAAUCUCUUUGUCUGAGGCCUCUGGAAUAUGGACUCUGACUCCACUUUACUCUUCAGCCUCCAGCUGCUUCCUGAAGCUGGACCAGGAGAAGCAGAGUCUCCAGGGCACCAUCCAGGGGAUGCAGGAUGCCUUCCUGGCCCUGCAGGAGAGCAGCCUCCAGCGCCAGGAGCUGGAGGAGGAGAACCAGCAGCUCAGCAAGCAGAUUGAAGACUUGCGAGUCCAGAUGGAAAGAGAAAAGCAGACCAACCAGGAUCUGGAGAUCCUCAGUGAGGAGCUGAUGGAGGAGAGAGAACAGCUGCUCUGUGACAUAGAGACCCUGAAGGCUGAGAGAGCCCAGGAGAUCAAGGAUCUUGAACAAGUGGUGCUUUCGCUACGGGAGAGUUCACAGGCCAGCAGUGAGGCCUGCUUGCAGGACAUCGAGAAUGAGAACAAAGUCCUCCACCAGACAGUGAUGGAGACCAGCAGCAGAGUCAGCAAGCUGGAGUGGGAGCGGCAGCAGCUGCACCGGGCGCAGGAGCUGGAGCAGGAGCUGCAUCGGCUGCAGGAGGAGAAUGAGAAGCUGGCCAUGGAGGUCAGCGCCCUGACGACGGCCCCCGAAAGGGUCCACGCCCUGGAGCGGGAAAGCCAGGACCUGUUGCUGGAGAACCAGAGGCUGCAGACGUCUCUGGACACCCUGCAGCCUGAGGGUCUGGAGCGGGACAUGCAGCUGGACAGCAGGGUGGAAAAUUCCACUCUGAGCCCCCAGAGCGCCUCGCUCACUGCGCUCAUAGAGAAGAACACGCAGCUCCAGCACCAGCAACUGGCGGCAGCCCACGAGGCCCUGCAGCGGGAACACGCGUGCCUGGGCGCGCUCCAUGAGCACCUGUCUGGGGAACACGAGGCCCUCAUGGAUGAGUACAGCCGCCAGAAGACACUGCUGCGACGGACCCUGGAGCUGGAGAGCAAGGUGCUCAGUGACAGGGCCAAUUCCCUGCACCAGCAGCUGAAGAGGGAACAGGAGGAGCUGCAGACCCACACCAAGAAGCUGCAGACCUCCCUGAGUGACACCCAGCUGCAGGUGAACUGCUGGCAGGCCCAGUGCAACUGGCUGAGGAAGGAGCAGGAAGAGCUGCAGAUCUACAACAACGAGCUGCAGACCUCCCUUAAUGAAAUGCAGCUGGAGAAGAACCGCUGGCAGGCCCGGUAUAAGGGGCUGAAGGGGCAGCAGGAGGAGCUGCAGAUGCACAGCAAGAAGCUGCAGACCUCCCUAAAUGACACCCAGCUGGAGGUGAACUGCUGGCAGGACCAGUGCAACUGGCUGAGGGAGGAGCUCCAGAGCAGGGACAUCUCGCUGACCGAGCUGGGCAACCACUGCCAGCUGCUCAUUGGCAUCUCUGCUCAAAACCAGUGCGACUGGCUGAGGAAGGAGCAGGAAGAGCUGCAGAUCUACAACAACGAGCUGCAGACCUCCCUUAAUGAAAUGCAGCUGGAGAAGAACCGCUGGCAGGCCCGGUAUAAGGGGCUGAAGGGGCAGCAGGAGGAGCUGCAGGUGCACAGCAAGAAGCUGCAGACCUCCCUGAAGGACACCCAGCUGGAGGUGAACUGCUGGCAGGACCAGUGCAACUGGCUGAGGGAGGAGCUCCAGAGCAGGGACAUCUCGCUGACCGAGCUGGACAACCACUGCCAGCUGCUCUCCCAACUCAAGGGCAACUUGGAAGGAGAAAACCGUCACCUGCAGAGCCAAAACCAAAGAUUGAAAGAGCAGAACCAGAGGCUUCUACAGGAGGACGUGGAGAACAAGGACCAGCACCAGGAGCAGCAGUGGCAGUACGUAGACAAAUUAAAUGCCUUACAGAGACAAAAUGAAAAACUGGAAGAAAAAAGCAUAGCUCAGCGCAAGUUCCAUGAUCCAGCGCCAAAGAAGAAAAAGCACUGGAUUGGAGCCAAAUUCUUACUCAAACUCAUCAAACUAAAGAAAGGGGGUUCCAGAGAACGACGGAAGUCAACCUCAGAGAGGCCUUCCUGGCCGCUGGGGUCCUCAGACCAGGCCUCGCCCAGUACUUCUCAGCCUCUUCAAUCGCAGCUGGAGCCCCUCCAGGCCACCCCAUGCUGCUCAAAGUGA